GUACGCACGUCGCGAAAACGCAACUCGGUUUCCCAAAAAAAAUAGUAGUAAAAUCAAUUCUUAAAUACGGAUUCGUAUAUUAAACAGCAGUUAGAUAAAUUAGUUUUAGAAGGUUUAAUAGAUACGUAAUAUAAAUAAAUUUUCUGAUAAGAGUAAAAGUUGUGGAGCGAUUAUUGGUGUCUUAGAUUUUUCGGCUACGUUUUUCGUUUGUUAUAAAGAUCGAUAAACACAAGUUUCUCAUCACCAAAAUGUGCAGUGCUACAUACAGUGACCAAGAACAAUAAACAUGUGUUAGUGCGCGCGAUGUGUUGUGUCGGUGUGUGCGUUGGUUUUCAUGUGUGUGGUGGGGUGACUUGGUGAGGAUGGAGAAAGUUAGCUGAUCGAGGAGGCGGCCGCGCAAACCACGCAAGCGGCUUAUUGGGCGCAUCAUGCAGGUGUUCGGCGAAUGGGCGCAAGUGGAGGUGGUGGAACUGGUGAAUGAUGGCUCAGGGCUGGCGUUCGGGAUCGUCGGCGGGCGGUCUUCGGGCGUCGUCGUCAAAAGCGUGCUGCCGGGUGGCGUGGCUGAUAGGGAUGGUCGACUACGUAGUGGCGACAUGCUGCUCCGGAUCGGGGCGGUGUGUGUUGUGGGGAUGUGCGCGCGUCAAGCCGCCGCCGUGCUGAGACAAUGCGGGGCGUGCGUCCGGCUGCUGGUCGCACGACCAGCGCACAGCAACGUACUCCAACCAACGGUGCAGUCGCUGGGUGCAUCUCAAGCACCGAUCGUCCCAUCGCGCUUGCUUACUGACCCAAUCGAGUUGGAACGGGGCUUGGCUGAGGCGGGGCACGAUGGCUUUGGGGCACUUUGCGAGGACACCACACCGCCAUCGCCGCCGCCUACGAUCAUUGAGGAGAGGUUACAUCAUAGGCCAGUCGCGUCAAUAGUAGCAGUGGUGCCACGCGGCGCCCUAGCACCAGCUCCUAGGCCUCCGCCCCUCAUCACCACCUCGGAGCCGCAGCCCCCUCCGCUUAGGUUACCAUUAGACAUGGCGGUGCGAGGUACUGGCGAGCCGGAGACCUUGAGUUACGAAGUGGAUCUGAACAAGGACUCCGCUUUGGGCCUUGGUAUCACCGUUGCUGGAUACGUUUGCGAGCAAGAGGAGCUGAGUGGAAUCUUCGUCAAAAGCAUCGGUGCCGGCAGCUCAGCAGACCUGUGUGGGAAGAUACAAGUCAACGACAGGAUUGUUGAGGUGGACGGCGUAUCGCUACACGGAGUCACAAAUCAUAAAGCGGUCGCUUUACUACGGGAUGCCAGGGGUCCCAUUGUGCGGUUGAAAGCUUUAAGAUAUCUCCGUGGGGCGGGGUUUGAGCGCCUGCAGAAGGCGCUCGCGGCGCAGGACGGAAGGAGAUCCCCGAUAGCACCGCCCAGCCCCUCGGUUACCUCGCUUGCCAAAUAUAGCUUUAGUGUGUACGAUGAGUCAACAGUCAUAGAAGCAGAACCGGACUCAGAGAUACAACCGCAUUUGCCUUCACCGACGUCACCGUCUGAUGAGGCAGAGAUAGUAAUAGGCCGAGACGAUGAUAUUUCGGAGAGAGAGAUACGGAGGAUCCAGGACAAGUGGCGGGACAUAUUGCAGGAGGAGCCGGACUGGCCCGGACAUCAGUACCAAUAUGAUAUUAUUGUGGGCAGUAUAAUGAAAGAAAAGGACAGUGGUCUGGGCAUCUCACUCGAAGGCACGGUCCGGGUGGUAGCAGGAAAAGAAGUCCAAGCACGGCAUUACAUCAGAGCCAUCGCGCCGAAUAGCCCUGUUUCCAAACUGGGGAUUUAUAAAGUGGGAGAUGAGUUGUUAGAGGUAAAUGGUAUGCGAGUACUAGGAGCGCAUCACGUCGAAGUGGUGACGAGGCUGCGGGCGGUUAAGUCACCCGUGCUACUGGUGGUUGUGAGGAAAAGGAGUGAACCACAUGUUAGAGUUGAACCAUGUUUCACGAGGAGUAGCAUCGUGGGCGGCAGCCUGCAAGACCUGCUUGCGCCACCCCAGCGGCUAAUUAAAGCCAAGUCUGAGAGUUCAGUUGCGUCCCUCUGUAGCGCCACUACUGUCAUGUCAGCGGGUCACGAUCAUGAUGAAUUUUGCACAGAAGAGCUGGAACGCAACCGAUCCAGGUCUCUGGAGCCACUGAGCGGGCUGGCGAUGUGGAGCGACCAGGUGGAGUACAUCGACCUGCAGAAAGAAGACCGCGGGCUGGGUUUCUCUAUUCUGGAUUACCUGGAUCCAUCAGAACCUGGUAGCUCCGUGAUCGUAGUCCGUUCCGUGGUGGGCGGCGGGGCGGCAGCGGCUGAUGGUCGCUUGGAGCCCGGCGACCGCCUGGUCUCAGUCAACGGCCUCGAUGUCUCAAGAAGCCCACUAGCUGUUGCUGUUCGAGCUAUCAAGAGUGCACCGAAAGGUACCGUGACGAUAGGCGUCGCGAAGCCACUGCCUUGCAGUACGGUAGUUGGUGGCGAACGUGCAAACGGACACAGCGUGCAGAGUAGCCAGGAAUGUAUCAAUUCACUGGCAUCAGAUGACCAUACUGGAAUGGAUUCCUUCCACGAAUGCUUACAAGAAUAUGGCGAGGGGUUAGAAGUUGUGCAAAUAUGCUUAGAGCCCGAAGAGUCAUCUAUAAAAGAUGAAGAACUGUCUGCUUUGGCUGAUCUUAGUUAUGAUGAUUGUGAAAAAAAUAAGAGUGUAAUUGAAGAUAAAAAUAUUAUGACCAUUGAAAUGAAAAACGAAGUUGAAAAGAUAAACGGAAUAACAGACUUAAAACUAUCUAAGUCAGAUAACUCUAUAGACGAUCAAGAUGAUGAUAUGACAAUAACCGAGGAUGAUGUCCUUAUUGCACCCAGAGAAUUAAGCAUGAGAAGUAAAUCAGUGGACAGAAAAGGUACACAAGAUGAAAGAUGUUUAUCCAAGCAACAAAGUAAAGAUUUAUCAACGUCUGAUGAAAUGGUGUUUGCAGUUACUCCAACAGGCUUAGAAAGAAUUAGUUUUGAAAAAUAUUGGAAAGAAUGUGACAUGAGUAAAGAUAAAAUACAAAAUAAUGAAACACUGAUUUCCCCCGAGGAUGACAUCAGUUUUUAUGAUGCAACCACAAGAAUUUCCGUCCAGGAGCAAAACAAUUCCCUACUAUACAUUGACCAUGAAAUCGACGGUUACGAAACGUGCCUCGACGACGACUCGUCGUCCGUAAAGUGUACAGAAAAAAACGGCCAUAAAAUCAACGGGGAGAGUGACGAGAUCAAAGACUUUGGUAAACACGAUAAAAUAGCUAUUAGAAACAAAGACAACGAUGUUCGUGCCAAAACUAUUAACGAUCAGAACACUGCCAAUGCCGUAGACGAAGUGUCGUCUUAUGGUUUCCCCUAUGUUGAAGAGCAUAUAAUAAAACAAAUGAAGUCUUUAAGAAUAGAACCUCUAAAUAUAAACAUAGGACCAAAAAAAUCUAAGAAAAAAAGUCCGAUUAAGCCAUCCAAGAGCGAGCGUCGUUGCAUUGAAUACUACAACGAUCAAGCGGAAUGCUUGAAAGAGAUACGUCGUAAAAGGCUUGAAGAAGAAGAAAGUAAAUCGAAAGAAGCUAAAAAAAGAAUAUUAGAAGGCAGCUUAUCGGCAAUGGAGAAAAAAAUGCAUUUCAAAAAACAGGAUCCCAGCGAAGAAUCGACAGACGCGGAAAGCAACUAUAUUCCUGGCUGCCAUAAAUGUUUUUUGGAGAGUUAUGCGUACGAAAUAACGAAGGCCUUCAUAGAGAAAGCAGCGUCUUGUAAAUAUUGUGACGUUAUUCGGGACAUGUUGGAAGUACCUAAUAUAAAACCAAGCAGAAGGAGAUCUGCACCUGCGUUGGUGAAUCUGGAGAGUCCGUCUGACACUGAAGACGAGGAACUGCUAGGUGUCCCUAGUGCCAGCAGAAGAAAAUCCGCCGGGCCCCUAAAGUUUCUACUACCUUCGAGGAGAUCUAGUCACGCCAUUCCAGCGAUGACGGUGAAGACAGCAGCCCCCGAGCGUCGCGGCGGAGGCUCUGCUCAGAGAUGGGGCCCCCCGCGACGAGUGACGCUGCGGAGACGACCCGGAGCGCCACUAGGGGUCAGCAUAGUCGGUGGGAAGGUGGAUAUUAUUGCUACUCAAAACGGCGAAAAUGGUGACGAGAAAGCGAUUUUUGGAAUCUUUAUUAAGAACGUGGUACCUAACAGCCCGGCGUCACUUAGUGGUGAAUUAAAGACUGGCGAUAGAAUACUAGAAGUAGAUGGAGUGUGUGUACGGACUGCACAACAUGAGCGAGCAGUAGAACUAAUUAAAGCAGCCAAAGAAACCGUCACAUUAACCGUACAGAGCCUUAUGACCUGGAACACAGACUCUUCAGAUGUAGACGCUUCAUCACCAGCCACAUCUCCCCCUCGACCUGUCAAAAAGACACAAGCACCAUCACCACCACAGCAUGAUAUUAAGAUAACAGUAACAGAACCAGAGGAGAAAGGAAAAGCAUCACCGACAAAUGAAGAAAAUAACAAAGAAGACAAUGAAACAGGGAAAGUGAAUGGAGAAGUGGCGAAACCUAAAGUUGUGUAUUCGGAUUCGGAGAGCAGCGAUGAAGAAGAUGAACGAGAAUUACAAGGAAGAACUUAUUCGGAUAAGGGGGUUGAGAUUGAUCGAGCGUCUGCUGGUGCUAUCAAGAGAAGCAGAGAAGAAAAGGAAGCUGACCCGGAAGAAGAAGAUGACUUCGGGUACACGUCAAAUAAAAUCAAAAAGAAAUAUGCACCCCUUGGCGAGAGCGUGGUGGUGGUUAAGCUGGAGAGGUCGCCGAAAGCAGGCCUCGGUCUCAGCUUGGCGGGGCACAGGGACAGGAGUCGAAUGGCGGUGUUCGUCUGCGGCAUGAACCCAGCUGGCUCCGCCGCCAAGUCCUCGCCACCCAUCAAAGUGGGAGACGAGAUUCUGGAGGUCAAUGGUUUGGUUUUGCACGGAAGAUGUCAUCUCAACGCGUCAGUAAUCAUCAAAGGCCUAGUGGGGCCCGUCUUCAAAAUUAUCCUGUUAAGACGAAAGGCAGCUUUGGAGGAUGUAGCAGUGAAACCUAUCACGCAGUUUCCAGUGGCGUUGGAAGAGGUGGACGACCGUUUUGUCAACUACAAAGGCGUACGAGAUAUCACCAUCAAAAAGGGCCCAUCAGGUUUAGGUAUAAUGAUAAUAGAAGGCAGACAUACAGAAGCCGGCCGGGGUAUAUUCGUGUCAGAUCUUCAAGAAGGCAGCGCUGCAGAACAGGGGGGCUUAAACAUAGGAGACAUGAUUCUGGCUGUGAACAGGGACUCUCUCCUUAGCUGCAGUUAUGAUGCCGCAGCAGCUAAACUUAAGCAAACAGACGGUGUAGUUAUAUUAACAGUAUGCAGUCCAAACCUGAAGGAUCCCGCGGAUGGCGACAAAGCGGACGCAGAUGGCGGUCCGUCUCGACCCGUCACUCCCAAACCAGUAACACCAACCCCCGCUAAAGCUGAGCCGCCACCAGAUCCAGCGACAGCGGCUCUUAGACCAAACCAAGACACCAUGAUUGAAAUAAAUACUAACAACGAAGUACUCGGUAUUGCCUUACUUGGUGGCAGCGAUACGCUUAUCAAUGGCCCAGCAGCUGUGGUGCUAGAAGUGUACAAAAACGGAGUGAUAGCCAAAGACGGGAGAUUGAAAGUAGGAGAUCAGAUACGAGACUGUAACAGCAUCGCCAUCAACAAAGACAUGACGUACGAGAGAAUGUGCAUGACAAUAAAAGUUAAAGCACCUAAGAUAAAAAUGAACGUGUACCGGCCGGAUCCCGUACAAUAUGAAGAGAUAGAGGUAGAGCUGACGAAAAAAUCUGGGCGACCGCUGGGCCUGAACUGCGUUCCCCCCAUCGAGGGCACGGGGGCUUAUAUUGGAGAACUGCUGCCUGGUUCCAUAGCAGAGGUUGAUGGCAAACUACAACGAGGAGAUUUCAUCGUAGCAGUGGACGGCAAAGAUCUCUCCAGUGCAGAAUUUCUCGCUAUAGGAGCCGCCCUGAAGCUAUGUAACAAUAAGACCACCAUUAAAGUUAAGCGAUUUAAAAUAGUACCUAGAUAAUUGUGAUAUAGUUUGAAUUUGAAUAACAAAUUAUAGAAACGGGUAUGGUUAUUGCUUUUCUAAGAAUUCAAUAUUUAAAAAAUCGCAUGAGAACGAUCUAAAGAUGAGAAUAAAUGAAGAACAAUUAAAAAUAAUAUACCGUAGAUCAAUUGAUAAAAGGUUUGAUUUGAAGUACUAAUUAUUUAAGUUGGACACUCUUGUUGUAGAUAAAAAAGUAAUUGAAAUGGAAUAAGAAAUAAGCGAUUUAUAAUAGUCAUUGCAAUUAAUGAAUGGUUACGUAAUGUAUUCACUAUUAAUAAAUAAUGAAAUGAUAAUAUUUAUAAUGUUCGUUUAUUGGUUGCAGAUAAUUACAUAUUUCUGAUAUAAAGUCUGAAAUAGGAAAUCUGGAAGGUUUUUUUUGAAUGCAUAAUAUCAAAUUUAUCUAGGUAUAUUUCAUGGGGUUGUCUCAAGAUUACAUUACACAAGUAACCCUUCACUGGAUUCUAACGAGUCUCGCAGCGAUACAGAUAGUUCUCACUGGUAGACGAAAGACUCCGAAAAAUCUUAGGUCCUGGGUUGUCACGACGCAAAACUCUAACGUGACUCCGGCUCAUUUACUAACUUAAUCAUGAGUGUCAGUUUAUAUAUUUUGUGUCUCAACCAAGCGGUACAUUUAUAAAAAUGAAUGUAUCUAUCUAAAUUAAAAUAAUGAAAUCGAGAAGGUGAAGUGAUUAGACAAUAAGAAUUAUCAAUACUAAAAGUAUCUCUCGUAUCAUCUUAUCAAAUGAUUAACACCCGAAGUUAAUAAUCAAUCUAAACUAAUAUCUUUAGGUCAAAUUAUAAAGUCAGUAAAGCCAUCCUUAUCAGAAAGGAAAAAUGGGAAAAGAGAAGUACUGCUUACUUUAAUCGAUAGGAAGAUUUUUAAUUAGUUUUAUUAUUAUUAAAUUUGUGCGUUAAUAUGAUAUGCUAUUAGACAGCAAUUAGAUAGUUUAUCUAAGAGUCUGUUUCACCAAAAUUUGAUAAAAAUCGGUUAGAUUAUUCACAAAUUUUGUCAAAAACAAACGUUAAUCCUAUCCAACACUAAUCAGCAAGUGGUGAAACAGGCUCUUAACUAUAUGAUUAUAAGCGAACGAGGAGAAAGCAUGUAUAUCUAUUGUAUAUAAAAAUUGAAUGAGUGAGGUGCUUCAUCUUAAAUAAAAUCGAUAAUGAACUGUCUAAUAAUCUGGUUUUGGAACCUCGAAAGUGUUGUUAUGUAAAAUUACUUGUUCACCGCUGUAGUGGAUUAGGUCAAAGUUUUUUACCGCGUUGAAAACUGUUCGUUUUGUUUUUGUGAAACGGAAUAAAACUACUUAGGCAUGGAACUAUGCUUACAUUAGUGAGUGUUAUGGUAUUGGUUAUAUAUAUAUUUAAUAUCAUUGGUAAGGAACAUGAAUUAAAUAUUUGAAGAACUGCAUUGAACUGCACCUAAAUAAAUUAAUAUGCCUUGCGGUGAUAAAAUAUGAAUUGAAUAAAAUGUUUUAACUUCUCGAAUUCUAGUUUAUUUAAAUGAAUUAUUCUAGUUCCAUAUUUUUAUCAAAUACCAUGUAAUAAAAUGUAUAUUUAUUUUUGUAUAUAUCAUAUUGUAAAGCAUGAAUUUGAUUCGAAUAUUAUGUGACUCAACUUAAGCUAAGGCCAAACGAACGCGUCCAAACCGCGCUUGCGAUUGCGUGCAAGUUUCAGUAACAAGACACACUGGUUCGAGCAAGAGUCGAAUGACGCGUUGGUUUUUCUCUUAACGUCGUUCGUCAUUCUCUUUACAGCCAAAAUUUCAAAUAUUCUGGGUGUACUAUGAGUUUUGUAAAGUUACAGCCAAUCGUAUAUUGAAACUAAGACGUAGUACAGCAUAACAAAUAAUAAACACUGUAAAAUAUUGUCACAGAAAAAUGGGUCCAAAAGUUUCAGCACCCAAGUUGCUGAGGACAACAUUGUCUGACGAAAUGUUUGCUCUGCGUAAAGCUAAACCAGAAUGUACGACUUAAAAAGACCAAGAAGGCACAAUCCAACGUUACAGAGCUUUAAUACUCGAACCCCUUUGUUGAUUUGCAAAACCUCCUAUAGGACUUUAAGAGGUCGUAAAACACCAGAAAAGAUGCACCGAGAACACGAAAUGCGCUUUCUAACUCGGGCAAAGGCACCUACCCACUUGACGUUCUUUGCGAUUUCGUUGAGCCCAAAGGCUCAACCCUUGGAUUGAGUAUCUGUAUCCCACCUCUUAUUGUCGCUCACUCUUUUUAGUUAGCAGCUUAUAAAAACAUUUGCACGCAAUUAAAUUAAGACAAUGCACUAUGCAACUGAUCUUACAAAUGCUGAAUAUGGGAAUCAUUAUAUUCUAUAUCUUAUAUGGUAUCUAAACCAUUACACUGUACUUCGUGUUUUUAUGGUAAAAAAAUUUAACAUUUUCGAGGUGAGAUACAAAGUUUGAUAUGAUUACAACGGAUUCUGUAAUCGGAUCGGAAAAAUGCUAUUUAUAUAUCUGGAUCCGACUAUUAAUGUACAUAAUUCUAGUGUCAAUUUGUAUGGUUAAAUAUGUUUUCACUGCUUAAAUCUGCACUAAAACUAGUCCUUCUGAUGUAUUUAAAGUAAGGCCAAACGGAAUCUUCCAAACUGCAUCCUUAGCGGCGAUAAAGAUUGUGCUCAGCAAAUGACCAAUCACAAGCAAUGUAAAAACUAAAGUUUUGUAAUUGGUCGAACGCAGGACGCAAACUUGGACGCGUGGUAUCACUGUCGCUUUAGAGACACCUUUUCCUCUAUGAGUUUAUGUGUGCUUCUCAGUUAGAAUUUAUUUUUUCCCCUUUUUGUUUCGGAUGUACCGAUCGGCUUAAUAACAUUAUGUAAAUUUAAACUUACACUACUUAUAGUAAAAAAAAGCAAGUACCAAAUUAGUUUUAGGUAGAAUUUAUUCCGUUUAAGCUAAAAAGUAGUAAAAAUUAGAUUCAGUAUUGAUGAUUUGUUGGAACUGAAAUUAUUUAAACAAUUUUGUUAAAUAAUUAUCGCUUAGGUUUAAUUUGAAAAAUAGGCCGAGAUGACCCUUGAAUAUUAGCUGUUAUUUCAGUAUUUUAGUAACUUAGUUACUAGCAUAGCUUGGCUUUGAAGUAAGGGCCUCUAAACGUCGUACUGCUGGGUAAAUUUCGAUAUAACAAACUAAACGUAAAGUCAUUAAAAAAACAUAUUUAUAUAGAAUAUAACUAAAAGAUUGAUCUUACCCAGAAGUAAGAAAUGAAUGGGCUGUUUGUAAAAUAUAGUUUAUUUUAAAUAACGUACUUAGUUUUUUAAGCUUUGUCCAAAUUACAAUAGGUUUGUAGAUUAUUUGCAAAUAAAUAAACACUUACCAUAAAUUAAUAUUAAUCUGUGUAGGAACCACUUGCCAGGUAAACAAAAUAAUAAGAUAAUUUCUCUAUUGAUACCACAGUUUAUCGAUCAUACAGAUAAGAGGGCUCACACAAAUAUAAUGCUUCUCGUUUUUUAUUUCUCUAUAAGUUAACUGGUGACAGCAAUCUCACCUAAGGCUAAGCGAUUCUUCUU